UUCUUCUUUUUUUUAUUUUUUUGAGAUAGGGUCUGGCUGUGUCACCCAGGCUGCAGCGUAGUAGCGCAAUCUCAGCUCACUGCAAACUCUGCCUCCUGGGCUCAAAUCAUCUUCCCACCUCUGCCUCCCAAGUAGCUGGGACUAUAGGCACGGCUAAUUUUUGUAUUUUUUUUUGUAGAGACGGGGUUUCACCAUCUGGCCUAGGCUGGUCUUGAACUCCUGAGCUCAAGUGAUCCACCCACCUUGGCCUCCCAAAGUGCUGGGAUUACAGAUGUGAGCCAUUGUCCCAGUCUAGAUUUUUUGUUUCAAUACAUGAACUAAAAGCUUUAAAUUUCUAUUAUGUCAAUUAUCAAUUUUUUCUUUUAUAGAUCAUGAUUUUAGUGUCAUAUCUAAGCAAACUUUGCUUAACUUAAUGUCAAAAGAUUUUCCUGUUUUUUUUUCUGAAAUUUAUAGUUUUAGCUUUUAUAUUUAGGUCUAUGAGCCACUUAAAUCAAUUUUUAUGUGUGAUGUGAGGUAAGAAUCAAAGUUCUUUUUUUUCCCUCCCACACCAUUCGUUGAAAAGAUUACCCUUUCCCCAUGGAUUGUUUUAGCACCAUUGUUGAAAAUCAAUUGACCAUAAUGUAAAGGUUUAUUUGUGGACUAUUUGAUUCCAUUGAUUGAUAUAACUGCCUCUGUGCCAGUAUUACAGUCUUCAUUACUGUAGCUUUAUAAUAAGUUUUGAAUUCAGGUAGUGGAAGUUCUCCAUCUUUAUCUGUUUCAAAAUCCCUUUAUUCUGGUUCCUUUUCAUUUCAUAUAAAUUUUAGGGCCAAACUUGCCAAUUUUUUUUUUUUUUUUUUGAGAUGGAGUCUUGCUCUGUCACCAGGCUGGAGUGCAGUGGUGAGAUCUCUCUCACUGCAACCUCUGCCUCCCGGGUUCAAGCGAUUCUCCUGCCUCAGCUUCCUGAGUGGCUGGGAUUACAGGUGAGUGCCAACAUGCCCAGCUAAUUUUUGUAUUUUUAGUAGAGACGGGGUUUUGCCAUGUUGGCCAGGCUUGUCUUGAACUCCUGAUCUCAGGUGAUCUGCCCUCCUUGGCCUCCCCAAGUGCUGGGAUUACAGGCGUGAGCCACUGCGCCCGGAAUCAUGUUCUUUCUUUAAAAAUACAAAUUAGCAAUCCCCUUAAUUCCACAAAGAGGAAAAGUAAAAGAACACAGAAAUGCUUGAGUUCAAUUGGCUGAGACCAAUGCACUUUCAAGAAAACUGCACAGCACUAGCAUUGGAGGCUACAAAAAAAAGAUAUGGACUCUAUACUCAAGGAAUUUAUGAACAGAUAAAUUUUUCUGCUGGCUGAGGUACUUCUCUGACUGUUAAAGCAGGUAAAAGGAAGAAAUGUUCCUCCGAGACUUCCUACCUAUUCUAACCUCUCAAACUUCCAAUUGCAACAAUGGCAGCUUUAUUUUUAUCUUAGUAUUUAUGUGUUGAGGGUUCCAUAUAAGAUUAAAUUUGAAUAAAGCACUGUAUGCCUUUAAAAAGCUUUGAAAGUCACUGGUCUAAUGAAAGAACAGUGAAAACUGACAGGCAGCUAUAUUAUAAAAAGAAUACUGGAUUGAGGGUUCAUGAUGCCUGUUUUAUUCUAGUUGUUGAACAUGUACAGCCAUGUAGAAGGAAAAGUUCUAGUUCUCACCUCUCAUAAAGGAUGGCAUUUUAAAGGUGAAUUUUAAUGUCAUUCAUCUAAUAAAUAUUUGUUGCAUGUAAUAAGCACAAUGUUAUUCAUAUAUUCAUAGUAAAGUAAUAGGGAGAAAGGAAGUAAGGAACAUCCUGAGGAUAUCAGCCGUCAUCAGAGAUGUGAUAAGCUGGGUCUCAGAGCACAAGUUUGCCAAUUGACUAAAAAGGAAAAAAAAAUGAGGCAUCGUAGAUAGAAUCAUAGGUCCAGAAGAACAGAAUUAGAAAUAGUUACCACUGAAUGAACAUUUCCUCUAUGCAUAGACUUUUAUCCUUACCACACCUACGGAGAUAGAAGUUAUUAUCCCCAUGCAGACAGGGGUAUGCCAAAAUCACAAAACUCGUGAGUGGCAGCGCCACGUUUGAAACUGAGGUUGUCUGAUUUCAAAGCCAAGGCUCUGGGUUCACAGAACUACAUGUACUUUAGAGGUGUGAUGCAACAUGGGACUACUAGAAGAAGGAGGCGGUGGGCCACGAGACUGGAAAUGCAGGCACCUGCUCUCGCUCACUUGACCAUGGAGCAACUUGGGCAAAGAAGGGGUGGGCUGACAUUGGAGUACGGAACAAACGCAUGAUUUCAAAUAAGCAUGUGUGUAUCCACCCCAGUUCUGUCCGCUGAAAAGGCCUAGAAGCAAUGACACACCAAGCCCUGUCGAAUGGUGGGGUCCGCCAGGACCUCCAGGCUUGCUCCUCGCCCUACCCGCCAGCUUCUCCGCCACAUUCCACUGCCGCAGCAGAACCGGUGUCCUUCACCUGCCUGCGUCUUCUGCAGUUCGUUAAGCGACGCCCUUAGCUCCUGUGACACUUUAGGGAUAAAGCCUCAGCACCCGCGAUGUUGGCCGCCAUUAACGCCCGGCAAAGCGCCGGGAACUAGAAGCAGCGAAGAACCCGGGUGGGCACCGACCGUGACGGCCGAGCCGGAAGCGGAGCUGCGGGCGGGGCCUCGACGCUCCUCCGUCUUUUAUUGGAGCUCACCGCUGCCAGUCGCGCUGCCCGCCCAUCCCACCCUUUUCGUGCGGGCAUUCAGCUAAAUGACGGGCGGAGCCCGACGGCGGCUUCCGGUCGGGGGAAAAAAGUUGGGCCGAAGGAGGGGCCGGGAAGACGCAGGAGGAAGAAGAGAAAACGGCCGGACGGCGGUGGCUGUAGGUUGUGCGGCUGCAGCGGCUCUUCCCUGGGCGGACGAUGGACAGCCAGGGCAGGAAGGUGGUGGUGUGCGACAACGGCACCGGGUUUGUGAAGUGUGGAUAUGCAGGCUCUAACUUUCCAGAACACAUCUUCCCAGCUUUGGUUGGAAGACCUAUAAUCAGAUCAACCACCAAAGUGGGAAACAUUGAAAUCAAGAAUAACAAAAAGAUGGAUCUUAUGGUUGGUGAUGAGGCAAGUGAAUUACGAUCAAUGUUAGAAGUUAACUACCCUAUGGAAAAUGGCAUAGUACGAAAUUGGGAUGACAUGAAACACCUGUGGGACUACACAUUUGGACCAGAGAAACUUAAUAUAGAUACCAGAAAUUGUAAAAUCUUACUCACAGAACCUCCUAUGAACCCAACCAAAAACAGAGAGAAGAUUGUAGAGGUAAUGUUUGAAACUUACCAGUUUUCCGGUGUAUAUGUAGCCAUCCAGGCAGUUCUGACUUUGUACGCUCAAGGUUUAUUGACUGGUGUAGUGGUAGACUCUGGAGAUGGUGUGACUCACAUUUGCCCAGUAUAUGAAGGCUUUUCUCUCCCUCAUCUUACCAGGAGACUGGAUAUUGCUGGGAGGGAUAUAACUAGAUAUCUUAUCAAGCUACUUCUGUUGCGAGGAUACGCCUUCAACCACUCUGCUGAUUUUGAAACGGUUCGCAUGAUUAAAGAAAAACUGUGUUACGUGGGAUAUAAUAUUGAGCAAGAGCAGAAACUGGCCUUGGAAACCACAGUAUUAGUUGAAUCUUACACACUCCCAGAUGGACGUAUCAUCAAAGUUGGGGGAGAGAGAUUUGAAGCACCAGAAGCUUUAUUUCAGCCUCACUUGAUCAAUGUUGAAGGAGUUGGUGUUGCUGAAUUGCUUUUUAACACAAUUCAGGCGGCUGACAUUGAUACCAGAUCUGAAUUCUACAAACACAUUGUGCUUUCUGGAGGGUCUACUAUGUAUCCUGGCCUGCCAUCACGGUUGGAACGAGAACUUAAACAGCUUUACUUAGAACGAGUUUUGAAGGGUGAUGUGGAAAAACUUUCUAAAUUUAAGAUCCGCAUUGAAGACCCACCCCGCAGAAAGCACAUGGUAUUCCUGGGUGGUGCAGUUCUAGCGGAUAUCAUGAAAGACAAAGACAACUUUUGGAUGACCCGACAAGAGUACCAAGAAAAGGGUGUCCGUGUGCUAGAGAAACUUGGUGUGACUGUUCGAUAAACUCCAAAGCUUGUUCCCAUCACACCCGUAAUACUUUCUUUUUUCCUUUAUUGCCAAUCUUUGAACUCAUUCAACUCCAGGACAUGGAAGAGGCCUCUCUCUACCCUUUGACUGGAAAGGUCAAGUUUUAUUCUGGUGUCUUGGGGAAGCUUUGUUAAAUUUUUGUUAAUGUGGGUAAAUCUGAGUUUAAUUCAACUGCUUGCCUACAUAGACUAGAGGGCUAAGGAUUCUGUCUGCUGCUUUGUUUCUUCUAAGUAGGCAUUUAGAUCAUUCCUGUAGGCUUCCUAUUUUCACUUUACUGCUCUAAUGCUGCUAGUCGUAGUCUUUAGCACACUAGGUGGUAUGCCUUUAUUAGCAUAAGAAAAAAACUUUCAGGAGCUUUUACAUAUUACUGGGAUGGGGGGUGGUUCGGGAUGGGUGGGCAGCUGCUGAACCCUUUAGGGCAUUUCCUCUGUAAUGUGGCGCUUUCAACUGUACUGCUGCAGCUUUAAGUACCUUAAAGCUUCUCCUGUGAACUUCUUAGGGAAAUGUUAGGUUCAGAACUAAAGUGUUUUGGGUGGGUUUUGUUGCGGGGGGAGGGUAACAGUGGGUGGUCUUCUAAUUUUUAUUUUUGAGGUUUUUUCACUGGAGUACAUAGAGGAACUUUAUUUACAGUACUUUGAUUUGGCAGGUUUUCUUCUACUUGUGCUCUGCCUGGAGCUGUUUCCAUAUGAUAUAAAAAGCAAGUGUAGUAUUCCAUUACUUUGUGGCUUAGGGAUUUAUUUGUUUUUUAAAAUCAACCAUGUUAGCUGGGACUGGACUCCCUACAAUCCUUCAAUGUAAAAGCAACAUUUAAAAAUCCUUUGGGUAAUUCAAAUUACAGAUUUAAAAGUGCUUAAGAUCUGGUGUUUUGUUAAUGCUUCUGUUUAUUCCAGAAGCAUUAAGGUAACCCAUUGCCAAGUAUCAUUCUUGCAAAUUAUUCUUUUAUAUAACUGACCAGUGCUUAAUAAAACAAGCAGGUACUUACAAAUAAUUACUGGCAGUAGGUUAUAAUUGGUGGUUUAAAAAUAACAUUGGAAUACAGGACUUGUUGCCAAUUGGGUAAUUUUCAUUAGUUGUUUUGUUUGUUUGUUUUGAUUUGAAACCUGGAAAUACAGUAAAAUUUGACUGUUUAAAAUGUUGGCCAAAAAAAUUAAGAUUUAAAUUUUUUAUUUGUACUGAAAAACUAAUCAUAACUGUUAAUUCUCAGUCAUCUUUGAAGCUUGAAAGAAGAGUCUUUGGUAUUUUGUAAACGUUAGCAGACUUUCCUGCCAGUGUCAGAAAAUCCUAUUUAUAAAUCCUGUCAGUAUUCCUUGGUAUCUGAAAAAAAUAUCAAAUAGUACCAUACAUGAGUUACUAAGUUUGAAAAAUAAAAAGAAAUUGCAUCACACUAAUUACAAAAUACAAGUUCUGGAAAAAAUAUUUUUCUUCAUUUUAAAACUUUUUUUAACUAAUAAUGGCUUUGAAAGAAGAGGCUUAAUUUGGGGGUAACUAAAAAGAAAUGAUUGACUUGAGGGUCUCUGGUAAGAAUACAUCAUUAGCUUAAAUAAGCAGCAGAAGGUUAGUUUUAAUUAUGUAGCUUCUGUUAAUAUUAAGUGUUUUUUGUCUGUUUUACCUCAAUUUGAACAGAUAAGUUUGCCUGCAUGCUGGACAUGCCUCAGAACACAUGAAUAGCCCGUACUAGAUCUUGGGAACAUGGAUCUUAGAGUCACUUUGGAAUAAGUUCUUAUAUAAAUAUCCCCAGCCUUUUGAGAACGUGGCUUGUUAAAGAACGCGUAUAUAGGGCCAGUACCUACUGGCAGUUGGGUUCAGGGAAAUGGGAUUGACUUGGCCUUUGGUCCUUUGGUCAUAAUUUUAAAAUAUGGGAGUAGAAAACAACAAAGAAUGGAAUGGACUCUUACAACAAUGAAAGAGCGUUUAUCAUUUGUCCCUUGAAUGUAGAAUUUGUUUUUGAUUUCAUAAUUCUGCUGGUAAACGUGACGGUUAAAAUGGUGUAUUAUGUGUAUAUAUUAUAAUUUAGAAAUACCAUUUUAUAAUUUUACUAUUCCAAGGUGACAUAAUGCAUUUAAAUUUGGGAUUUGGUUGGGGUAUUAUGUUUAACUGGAGUUGUCAAGUAUGAAUCCCUCAGGAAAAAAAAAAUUCUGUUUUAAAAAGCAAUCUGAUUCUUAGCUCUUGAAACUAUUGUUACUUAAAUUUCCAAUAAUUAAAAAUUUAAAAUUUUUAAAUUAGAAUUGCCAAUACUUCUACCUUUGAGAAGGGUUUCUUAGAAAUACAUUUAGUAAUGUCCCCAAGACAUUAGUCUUACAUUUAAACUUUUUUCUUUAAAACAUGGUAUUGGUGGUUAACUUUUACACAGUUCUGAGUACUGUUAAUAUCUGGAAAGUAUCUUGAGAUAUCAGUGGAAAGCUAAACAGUCUAAAUUUAACAUGAAAUACUUCAUUUUGAUUCAGAAAAUAAAAUCAGAUUUUUUCAAAGUCAA